AUGGCCCAAGCGCCUACGCUCGCAGAGUUCCACGCUCCUUCCAGAGAGGAGCGGGCAGCCGGGCGUGCCUUGUGCGGAGCAUUGCUCUGGCCGCCAAAGGCACCUGGGCUUCCGGCUCUGUGCCCUGGACUCCCCGAAGCAGUGCCUCCGGCACUGGCGCUGGCCUUGCAGCGUGGUCUCCCAGACAUCUUGUUAUACAGAUGUUUCCUGCUCCUUGUGCGGGCGAGGCAGAUCGAUGACAAGGAUGAGAAGGAGGCCGAGCGUGGAUAUGCGCCGGUGCUCCUGAAACUCAAGGCCAUGGGCUUCCUGGUGCACGAUUCACUUCUUCUGCCUGCAGAUGCAGCGGGCCAGCGCAGGCUCUUGCUGCUGGUGCAGCCGUCAGAACCCUUGAAGACUGCGCAGCUGGCGAAAGCAGCUCGCAGCCUCGAUGGGCCAAACCUCUCCGUGUCGCUGCAACCCCAUGUGCCCACAACUGCCCACAGCGACGAGGCCUCCCGCCAACUCCACGCCGAUCACUGGCGCCAAGUCUACCUUGACUGUAUGAAGUUCUUUCCACGGUUCUUCCAGCCUCGCACACGAGUGCUGGCAGUGCCACCGUCAACUGAACAGGAGGUAGAGGAUCUUUCCUGCCACCUCCUGUUGCACGGCUUUGCUGUGCUGUGUGUGGUCCACCCCGUGUCAGAGAAGACCCCGAAGGUCGAUGCGUGCAUCGUUGUGCGUGGGAUCGGCAUGCUUCCAGUGCCGGAGGAGAGUUCGGUGCAAGGCAGCUCUUGCUACCUUGGGCUGCCGCCGGGCACCAAGGCUUUUGUACUGAAAGGCGGCAUGAUGUGGCCACUACCGUCGUGGCUCCUUUGCGUGGGUGCUGCCUUGCCAAGGAGUUAUGUUGGCACGUCGGAUGGGUAUCCAGUUUUGGACGGCUUCCCGCAAAGGCACAAGUCAUCGCACAUCGGCUUCCACGGAGAUGGAGUGGCAUCCUUCCUUGAAGCCAACUUUCAUGAGAGCGUGACCUUGCAGGCUCCGGGAAACUACACAGCGCAUGCCAACCACAACUCCAGCAAGUUGCUGAACACUCCGCAGAAGGAGCAUGACAAGAUGUUUGUCCUGUCGCACUUCUGGCUGCCGAUAUUGCUGGUAUCAUCGCUGCUAUUUGAGGCGCUCCACCUCAAGUGGUCGGAAGUGGAUUGGUCGCGCAGUGCGCAAAGAACCGAUGCUUCUGAAGGGGCGGAGGAGCGUGUGGAUACCAGUUUCGCCGGCCUCACUGUGAAGCUGGUUCGAAGGGCGGACAACCUGGCGAGGAUUUACUUCGAAGGAGCCGGUCGAGUCAAGGGCCGAUCCUACAUGUUGAUGCUGAUGUGCCACAGCCUUUUCGGCCAGUAUCUCAGCCUGGUCAAUUUCGACUACAUGAGCCGGUUCUUCGAUUUUUACCAGCACCCCAGCCAAGCCGUCUUCGUGGCAUUGAUGAGCAACUGGCUUGUUCUGUACGGAAGCAUGUGCCUGACAGCGGUGUACUCUCAGUAUAUUGAGAGCAUGCUCUUCAUCCACUGGAAAGACCACAUGACCCGAUACUUCGAGAGGAUUUGGGUGCCGCACAGCUACGGCUUCAAGAUGAAAGAUGACAGCCGAGUGGAUAACCCCGACCAGCGAAUCCAGGAGGACAUUGGCAGCUUUGUGCCUUCCACAUACGACUUGACCAUGGGAGUUAUGGAUGCCACUUUGCAGCUGAGCAUUUACAGCAUCAUGCUCAUCCAGGUCCAGCCGAAAUCAGCAUUUCCUGGGCUUCUGUUUGGAAUUGCCAUCAUUUACACACUCAUCGGCUCUGUAGCCGUGCACUGGAUCGGUCGAGACCUUGCGUUCCUAUCUUGGCAAGGGGAGCGAUACGGAGGCCAUUUCCGGGCAGAGCUCCGGCGCGUGCAUGACCAGAGUGAGACGGUGGCCGCCCUCCGAUCUCAUGAGGCUGAACUUCAGCGGCUGGAGCAACGCUUCGAAGCCUUGAAGUGGAAUAAGUGGCAGGGCAUGAUCCUGAAGAAGCGUCUCGGAUGGUUCGAUCGGAUCUACGACCCGUUCAAAUCUGUCCUGUUUGUUUGCGUCCUGAUGCCGUUCUUCAUCAAGGGAGAGGUGUCUCUAGGCACUGUGAAGCAGUGCGAGAUGGCUUUGUCGCGUAUUACUGCUUCCCUCGGUUUCUUCAUCCACGAGUACAAGCACCUGGCUUCCUACAGAGCUCAAGUGGAUCGUUUGUACAACUUUCGCUGCUGUGGUCUUGCAUUCAUGCAGGAGAAGGCGGGCACGUCUUCCGACACUCCAGGUGGGAGGCGUGGCGGAAAUAGAGCUUCCGAAGAAGAGCUCGAUUUGGAGGUGGAUGCAUCACUUCGACAGCACCUCUCCACUGGCGAAGCUGUCCCGGCUCCGCAAGCACCGACGGCGGAGGUUCUGGAGCUCAGAAGAGCGCGGGUCAGUUUGCCCUCGGGAGAAGUGUUGAUGGAAGCUGACUUCCGUGUGACGAAAGGUACCAGCGUGCUCCUUUGCGGUGGCGAGGGGUCGGGCAAGUCAACCUUCCUGCGGGCGCUGGCAGGAAUCUGGCCUUUCACUUCGGCCGAGGAGGCGUCGGCGCCUCUGACUUCAAGCGAUUGCUUCUUAAUUCCGCAGAAGCCGAGGCUGCCCAUGCCAAUCACACUCCGGCAAGCGCUGGUGUUCCCAGAAAUUUCAGACUCCUUCUCCGAUGCAGAAAUCGCCACCGUCCUAAACAAAGUAAAGCUUGCUGAGCUGCUCGCAUUGGGCCUUGACGAGCCCAUGGAUGUCAACGCAGUUCUCUCCGGAGGUCAGUUCCAGAAGCUGAUGGUAGCGCACUGCUUGCUUGUCAAGCCGGCGUUCAUUUUGCUCGACGAGUCAAUGGCGCAUCUCUCACAGCAGAGUCAACACCACCUGUAUGGCUUGCUUAUCGACGAGCUCAUCGGACCUGGACGUUGUGGACUGGUCAGCACAUGCCAUAACCCGCAGGACCUCGGGAGAUAUCAUCAAGUGCAUUAUCGGAUCAGCCGCAAGGUUCGAGAGAGGUGCGACAGCACUGGCAGCACCGGAUCUGCGCUUUGCACACGCAAACUGGAGUUGGUGGAGCCAGGUGCGGCAGUGGAGGCAGAUGCAACCAGCCCCACACAAGAUGCGCACCGGCGCCUUGCCGAGCAGGACGUUCGGCCGAAUGAGGCUUCAGAAGACUUCAGAGGAUAG